AUUGAACACACGCACGAUCGUAAUACCCGGACCUGCUCUCACGCACUCCUUCCCCAUAGAGCGCCGUUCUGCUGACUCAGUGCCUUAUCAGAGCGAACAGUUCCUCGCCACCGCACAGAGCUGAGACGCACCAGUCACCGCAACAACUCCAGCCAUGUCCAAAACUGCAAUCGCAUACAAAGAGAAGAUGAAGGAGCUGUCCCUCGUUUCCCUCAUCUGUUCCUGUCUCUACCCAGAGGCACGCAACAAUCUGAUGGGAGAGUUUGAAGACAUGGAGGUUAAACCCAUUAACAAACGGGCUUCUGGCCAGGCCUUUGAGGUCAUCCUUAAGCCACCCUCACCCACGUCUGAUGGAGGUUACAGCAUCACUUCUCCUCCCAAGAAGAGGGAUGUGUCCCUGGAGGACAUCCAGAAGAAGCUGGAGGCAGCAGAGGACAGGAGGAGAUCCCAGGAGGCUGAAGUGCUGAGGGCUCUGGCUGAGAAGCGUGAGCACGAGCGGGAUGUACUGCUGAAGGCCAUGGAGGAGAACAGCAACUUCAGCAGGUUGGCGGAGGAGAAACUCAAUAUGAAGAUGGAGCAGAUCAAGGAAAACCGUGAUGCCCACCUUGCAGCCAUGCUGGAACGUCUGCAUGAGCAAGAGAAGCAUGCUCAGGAGGUGCGCAGAAACAAAGAGCUGAGGGAAGAACUGACAGCAUGAGCACAUCACCUUACACCCACCACCCCAUCACCCCCUCCUCCCAUACCUGUGACCCUCUGUCCCCAGAGAGACCCCCUCUCACCGCACUUCUGCUGCCUAGUAGAGAAGAGUCUCUGGUGCCCCACCCCCCUCCUGCCCCACCCUGCCCCAGAGAAAGGGAAUCAAAUCUGCCCCCCUCACUAUCAGCAUCCUCCCCUGAUAGAGUCCAUAAGACAAAAGGAACACAAAAAAAUUGUUUUGCUAAAUUUGAAACCAAACAGAUGAAAGUUUUUUUUUUUUUUGUAAAUACUUCCUAUUUGUUUUAUAUGAAACUAUGAAAAGUAUAGCGUUGUGCCAUUUUAUAAGUUUCUCUGUCUGUAUCUUUCUCUUUUAGUGGAUGUAUUCCCCCUCCUCCCUCUCUCUCUUUAUCAAAUCUGCUAGUUUUUCUUGUGCCAGGCUUUGGUGUUUGUGAGUUUGCUGGCUAGCUGACAUUUACCAUGUCUUCUCUUAACCCAGUAUUCACAUAAGUGUCUUUUUGUCCAUGUGGAGAGAGUAAAGCCGCCACAGUACACACAGUACACGCAACUCUAACAGGUAACUAUCAAAGCAUUUACAAAGACAACUCUUACUCUUUUUUCAUACAAUCAUGUAGUAAAUAUUCACAACCCACAGACACACAUUUACACAGUUUAUAUCCUGCUCAGCAUGAUUUAGGUAUUUUUUUUUUUACAAAAAAUAACAUGUUGUGGUUUGAGCCCAGCCGAAGUCAUGUGACACCUCUUGACUCUUGUUGACCAUUUGAACUCUUUAACCUUCUCAUUUCUUGAGAAAUAUUUGUUUGCGGUUCUCUUAUUCUAAUCAAAGUGUGCCAAAGAGAACCUAGAUUUAAAGAUUCUUGGGUUUAAGAGGGGGAUAUAUAAACAGUUAAAAUGGACAUGACAGAAUGACGUGUGUGUGUGUGUGUGUGUGUGUGUGUGUGUGUGUGUGUGUGUGUGUGUGUGUGUGUGAGUGUGUAUGUGUGUGUGUGUGUGUGUGUGU